CUGUCUUGUAGAGAAGGCGCUAGAAACUUGGGUAAAAUGCAGGGACCCGCAGAUCAGUAUCGCAUUUUACCCUAGUUUUCGAUCCGCAGAUUUUAUAGUUGUUUACCUUAGCUUGUUUACUUUGUCGUCAGCUCCGUACCUAAGAUGUUUCAAUGGAAACCAAGUUUCCCACAAAAGCCGAGUCCUCCAACCAUCGAGCAACAGAAUGAAGACAUGAAUAAAUGUAUCAACAACCUGGAUGCGGUUAAAAUGCAAUACUUGCAAGAUAGUGAAUUUUCGGCAAAUGCUGAAACCAAUACAAGUUUCCAGAAACUAGGAGACCUUCUUGCAUAUAAGAGGAAUGUUGAUACUAAUAUCCAAGAUUUGAAUGACAUGUUUCCAAGACUGAUAAAUAUUUCCAAACAGCUACAAGAUAUGUCUGACAAUGUGAGACUUAAGGCUUACCAAUCAAUAAAAUAGGGUCAAAGAG